CUUUGGUUCUUAAGACUGGCUAUGGUUGAAUGCUUACACCAUGGAAAGUGGCAAAUGGCACGAAUUAGUGGUAAGCUGGUUUUGCUGCAUGCAAAUGAUGCUUCCUCAAAGAGAGGUAGCAGGGUAGGAAGUCUACCUUGACCCCAAGACAUAUCCUGGGAGAAAUAAGGCUGAAGGCAGAUACACAUGAGUCUCUUUUUGCACGAAUCAACACGGAAGCUGUAACACUGAGACGACAAAAGGGCCUGGGUCUAAAAUCAGUUCCGCAGGUGGGUUCUUGGGCUGGCUGUGCAGGAGAAAACGAGGCAAUGCUAUGCAAAUGUGAAGUGAGCGGAGGUCAAACAGGGCAGGAGGACAAUUCUACAUGCUUCGGUUUCUUGUCUAACGUGCAUUUGCUCGGCAGCCCGGGAAAACAGCCUCUCCACACAGAGGUUUUCUGAAGGCUUGUAUUUGGCCCUUGAUGAAAGGUUCUAAGAAAAACAAGAGAAAGCCACCACUUUGAACCCCGGAGAGAACACCACAGUGAGCCUACUGCAGAAGUAGACAAAGCACGCACUCCUGCUGAAGGAAAACAGUGAGUUCUGCUGGGACUGCCUGGAACUUAAUCUUCCAUAAUUUGGGUUUCAAAAGGAUAACUUUCGGGGUUUAAAUCAUUUCAGUUACCUCUGUUAGACAAAGCAACUUUCUCAAGUGUUUCUGUAGCUUUCCCCAGCAGCGCCCGUGGCCUCGAGGUGCGGCUCUGUGUCCCCCUCUUGGCUGAGCAGGAGCUGGCAAGCUACAGGCACUUUCUUCUUCCCCUCAGCUGAGUGGGACCCGACAAUCCUGCAGUUCGGGAGCCAAACUGGAAUUCCUUCCGUCUGUAUCCAGACAUUUAAGAAUUUGGCUGGACUCCACAGGAAGGCUUUACAGAGUACUUAAUCAAGUGCUCCAGAGGUUAAAUUUCAGGAAAGCCCUCUUGGAUCCGAGAUAAAGGCGGGGUGUAAAAAGGGGAAACAAGAGUCCUGUGAGUCAGAGGUCCUUCGCUCUCCUCCUCACUCAAGACUGCAGACUCCCAGCUCAAACAGCUCGGUGCCAUGGCUCUAGAGCAGGGCCAGCCAACAGAAUACUACUACGAGGGAAACGAAAUGAAUGACACUUACGACUACAGCCAGUAUGAAACGAUCUGCAUAAAAGAAGAGGUCAGGCAGUUUGCAAAAGUCUUCCUCCCUGCCUUCUUUGCAAUAGCCUUUGUCAUCGGACUGGCAGGGAAUUCCAUGGUUGUGGCAAUUUACGCCUAUUACAAGAAACAGAGGACCAAGACAGAUGUGUACAUCCUGAAUCUGGCUGUGGCAGACUUGUUGCUUCUGGUGACACUGCCCUUCUGGGCAGUUAACGCAGUCCAUGGGUGGAUUCUAGGGACAAUGAUGUGCAAAGUAACUUCGGCCCUGUACACGGUAAACUUCGUCUCUGGGAUGCAGUUCCUGGCUUGUAUCAGCAUUGACAGAUACUGGGCAAUCACUAAGGCUCCCAGCCAAUCAGGAGCGGGGAGACCCUGCUGGAUCAUAUGUAGCUGUGUGUGGGUGGCUGCUACCUUGCUGAGUAUACCCCAGCUGGUUUUUUAUACCGUGAAUCACAAUGCCAGGUGCACUCCCAUCUUCCCCCACCACCUGGGAACAUCCCUGAAGGCAUCCAUUCAGAUGCUGGAAAUCUGCAUCGGCUUUGUGGUUCCCUUUCUUAUCAUGGGGGUGUGCUAUGCCAUCACUGCAAGGACGCUCGUCAAGAUGCCAAAUAUUAAAAAGUCUCGCCCCCUCAAGGUUCUGCUCACGGUGGUUGUAGUUUUCAUUGUCACCCAGCUGCCUUACAACAUUGUCAAGUUCUGCCAAGCCAUAGAUGCCAUCUACUUGCUGAUCACCAACUGUGACAUGAGCAAGCGCAUGGAUGUCGCCAUCCAGGUCACAGAGAGCAUCGCCCUCUUCCACAGCUGCCUCAACCCUGUCCUGUAUGUCUUCAUGGGGGCCUCCUUCAAAAACUAUAUCAUGAAAGUGGCCAAGAAAUAUGGAUCCUGGAGAAGACAGAGACAGAACGCAGAGGAAAUUCCUUUUGACUCCGAGGCUCCUACAGAUCCAACCAGUUCUUUUACCAUUUAAAUAUAAAAUGUUCUCUGCUUUUUACUUGGACACACACACAUGUGAGCUUUCUUACUCAAAUAAAAUAUUUGUGUUACACUGAGACUCAAAUGUCCAACACUAGACUGUUGUUGCAAUGUAUAACAAAGAAGGAGCAAAGGGUGAGGGUGUGGCGAAGACAGACACCAGAAAGUAAACAACAAAUGGGCAGAACCUGGAAAUUAAAGUUACUACAGGAAAACAGCAUGGCGGGAAGUAGAAAAACGCUGUACUCUAAAGAGGAAGCCUUUAUGGCAGUGGGGUGUUUUCAUCUUGACUAUAGUGGUGGCUACUCAAAUCUAGAUAUGCCACAUAGGAGUUUCAACUGCCUACUUUUGAUAGCAACUGUAAUUAUGAAAUAUAAAACAUUGGCUAAUGAGCAUCCAAGACCAUCUCAUGUGAUAAGUCACUGUGUAAGGGUUAUCCGGGACCAUCCUGUGUGAUAAGUCACUGUGUAAGGGUUAUCCGGGACCAUCCUGUGUGAUAAGUCACUGUGUAAGGGUUAUCCG